AUGGUUUCAGUGGACAGCACCAUGAACAGCACCAUGUCCAGCACCAUGUCCAGCACCAUGUCCAGCACCAUGUCCAGCACCUGCCGCUCUCUGCAGCCGGAGCUCUGGCAUCCCUCUACCUUGCAGCUCUUUCACGGUCAUCACGUCACCCCCACUCCCCCAGAGCCCAUGCUAAAGUUACCGUGGGGGGAGGGGGUCGAGAGACACGCACAAAGCAAGGGAAAAGCUGCGGGAGAGAGAGCGGGGAUCUGGGAGCUUGCGUGCACGAGUAAAAGGCUGAGAGAAGGAGAGAGCGGAGCCUUGGAGCGGGCCGCCCUGGACUCCUUAUACGCGCUGAGGUGCAUCAUGCCCGGCUGGAAGAAAAACAUCCCGGCCUGCCUCCAACCGGACCAAGAGGGUGGUAAGGGCAGAAUUUUUCAGGUUUACACCGAGCGAGCGACCGGCGAGCUGGUGCGAGUGCGCUACAUCGCGAUCUUUCCCAUGGGCAGCGUGGUUACUGCUGCCGGUAAAGCGGAGCAGGCGGUGUUCGAGGAAACCAUUGCAAGUUACUGUGGACGAAGUGUUGUGUCGUAUCUGACGCAAGGGGUGAGGUUAGCGUGA